UGUUGGAUUGGGUCUUGCUGAGUUUAACCCAGGCUGACUAAAAACCGGCUAGCAAUCACUUGUGUGAAUACAUGCACAGGUGACCUGGGGCUGAUGCUUUAAUGCCAAAACAAACAGCAAGGUCAAACUCCAGUUGAGUAACAGCUGAAAAGGAAAGAGACAAACUCUCAACUUUUAAUACCGGUCGAGGAGGGUUUCUUCUUUCUAACACACAUAUUUUUUCAUCAAGAGCUUUUUUAUUCUGUAACAUUAGUGGCCUGCGUGAAGCACAAAAUGUCUAUAAAUGGAAUGAACGCUCCUCUGAAGCUCCAGUUUGGACUCAUCAAUUACGAAAAUCGUUACCUCACUGCAGAGGCUUUUGGGUUCACUGUAAAUGCAUCUGGAACAGGCAUGAAGAAGAAACAGAUCUGGACCUUAGAGCAAAACCAGGAGAACCAGGUGGUUUUUUUGCGCAGUCACCUAGGACGUUACCUGGCCACAGAUAAAGAUGGCAAGGUAAGCUGUGACACAGAAGUGCCGGACACAGCGUGCCGUUUCUUGAUUGUGCCCCAGUCGGAUGGACGCUGGGCUUUGCAGUCGGAGCCACAACAGCGUUAUUUUGGAGGCUCCGCAGAAUACUUGUCCUGUUUUGCUCAGACCAUUGGUGAGGCUGAGCAGUGGACCGUCCAUCUCGCUCUUCACCCACAGGCCAGCAUGCUAAGUGUACCCCGCAAACGCUACGCUCAUCUGUCCACUGUCACUAACGAGGUCUGCAUGGACAGAAACAUCCCCUGGGGUGUGGACUCUCUCAUCACCCUGGUCUACCUGGAUGGAAAGUAUAGCCUGAAGACCUGUGACAGCCGCUUUCUCCGCAAUGACGGCAAGCUGGUGAUGGAGAAUGGACCCGACACUAAUUUCACCCUGGAGCUCAAGUCUGGCAAGCUUGCAUUUAAGGACAGAGAGGGCAAGUAUCUAACACCAAUGGGGCCCACAGGAACCCUGAGAUCUGGCCGAUGUUCAACCCCGUGGAAAGAUGAGCUGUUUGAUCUGGAAGAGAGUCACCCGCAAGUCAUUUUCCAGGCAGCAAACAAAAGAUACGUGUCCAUUCGCCAAGGUGUCAGUGUGUCGGCCAAUCAGGAUAAUGAGACAGACAUGGAGACUUUUCAGAUGGAGAUUGACAAAGACACAAAGAAGUGCACGUUCAGAACCAACGGUGGAAAUUACUGGACACUCGUAGCUCACUGCGGCAUUAUGGCCACAGCUACAGAAGCGGAGGGGAACACCAUGUUUGACAUCGAAUGGCUGGGCCGACGCAUUGCUUUGAGGGCAAGCAAUGGAAAAUAUGUUUCCACUAAGAAAAAUGGACACCUUGCUGCUGUCAGUGAUUCUGUGGGGGAGGACGAGCAGUUUGUGCUAAAGUUGAUUAAUCGACCUAUCCUGGUCCUGCGUGGAGAGAAUGGCUUUGUGUGUCACCACAAGACCUCCAAUGCACUGGAUGCCAACCGCUCUGUCUAUGACAUCUUCUCAUUGCUGUUUAAUGAUGGCGCAUACCAAAUAAAAAGUGGAAAUGGAAAGUUUUGGUAUGUCUCCAGUAGCGGUUUGGUUUGCACAGAUGGGGACAAGCCUGAGGAUUUCUUAUUUGAAUUUCUGGUGCAUGGACGUGUCGGCAUCAAGGCUCAAAAUGGCAAGUACCUGCGUGGAGACCAGGGAGGCACACUAAUGGCUAAUGGAGUCAAUGUGGAUAACUUUUCCCUGUGGGAACACUGAGGCUCAUAGUAUCACUGGCACACAGAUACAGACAACAACAGAGUUCACAUGCUGUCACCUACUGACAAUAUCUUUUGUUUGUAAAAAUAAAUGGUUGUAUGUUCCUCACACUGUAUACAUUUAUGUCAAUAAUUGAUUCAUUAGGGAGCAAAAUGGUGUAAUAUUUAGCCAAGUUAUACAAAUUAAUAAAAAACAAUUGACAGCAACCCACAAAAUAAAAUGCUGUGUCAUAAGGGAAAUACAAUAAACAAAAACACCAAUAAGAAAUGUAAAAAAAUAAACAAUGCAGGAAAUGUGCAACAAUUAUUUUACUAAACAUUUUGUAUAUACAGUGGUUACUUAAAAACAUUCCUACAUAUGAGAUGCAUGUUGUUCUGUGAUCCUCAUAAAAGGCCUUAACAAUUAUUAGAUUUUAUUAGAUUUUUUUUUGUUAUUUUAAUCCAUAAACUCAAAAAUGUGCCAUCAAUUUUUAAAAUAUUCAGCUGUGACUGAGUAAAAGUAUGCAAAUCUGUAAUGAAUCUCUGGAGGUGUUUGGCCUGGUGACACAGACAAAAAGCCAGGACUAGGCCUUAGUUAAAUUAAGAUGUUUAAGCAUGUUUUAUAUAUGCCUUAGAAAAAGUAGUGGUCAAUGGCACUGCAUGGCUUAUUUUAAGAUCUGUCAGUGUAAGUUAUUUUCAGUUAAGACAGCUCAAACCUGUGUCUUAGGUUAAUGUUCCUGUGAGUUUGUUUCAUAUAUCUUUUCAAGAGUGAAUAUGCUGAUUGGAAUUUCAUGCAUUUUUUAUUGUAUUUCUUAUUUAUAAUCAUUUGAUUUAAAUUAAUGACUGCAAAUCAAUAAAUGGGCCAGAUUUAAAAUGAAUGUAACUUUGUAACUUCUUGAUUUUUGUCAGAAGGUUAAAGUUAUUAACACUGUAGAAAAAAUCUGUACAAUUUACAUGAACUAACUGGCAAAAAAGUUGCCAUAAUGUCCCGUGAAAAUGUUAGUUAAUUCUCCCAGAUCUCCUAAACACGAAAUAACAAACAAAUGUAACGUUUAGGGUCAGAUUUUAUAACGUGGCAAAUUAGCGCGGGAGCGUAAUAAAGCGCUGAUGGGAGUGACAAUAGAUGUGUUUGACAUUGGCUGCGGCUGGAUGUAACCGUUCGGCAAGAUUAGCUGCGUGCAGGCGGGAAAGAGCUGAAAACUAGACCUGUUUGAGUCGUGACUCACUCGGAUCUUUCACCCGGAUCUUUAAAUUAACUCAUGAGUCGCGAGUCUCUAGUAUCAUUAACCCGGAUCAGUUGAGUCCUACUACAAUUCAAUGCAAAACCAUAAACAGCCCCACCACACACACAAACCUCUUUUAACAUUAUUAAUGAGAGAAGAAAAUAUGAUCUUCCAUGUGUCAAAAUGAUGAUUUAUGGCCUUGAUUUACGACCUAACACCUUAUGAGUUGUUUGCUUCCUGUAAUAAAAUAUUAUGGUGGCAAUUAAUGUUUAUACCCCGGAAAUUACUCCGGAAAUUACUCAGGAAAUGAUGUUUGUCCAGGUGUCCUAUGGUCUCUGUUGUUUCACGCCUCCCCUCUCCUGUGUGAGUGAAUAAAUAAGGUCUGGUAGUUUGUAUUUUAAACAAGAAGACGGUGUGGUUCUAGCGUUGCAAUGAUUGCUCCAAAGACUCCUAAAAAGGCGAGACGGGUGUUCUGUACUUCUCCGGGAAGAGGUAUUGUGGAAAUGGAAGAAAGGAUUACUUUCGCUCCUAAGAAAAAACAGA